CAUCGCACCCGCACCACUGGGCUUGUUUUCACCCGCCACCUCAAUUUUACUUGGGACUCCGGAAAAAAAAAAGUACGUCCGGAUUGCCUUGUCGCAUUGGUAUCGAUGCUGGGUCUGAUCAUGUCAGCGAUGCUAGUGCCAAUACAUUCACCGCGCCCGCACGCUUGAACCAUAUCAGGAAAGAUCCGGAACACACGAUCUAAACGAGUAUCCGACCUACUCGAUCCAUAUCAGCUCAUAGUUGUAAAUAUUGCGUGAGACGAAGACAGGAUGGAGAGACAACAAACUUUCCAGCGGCUAAAGCAGCCUUGCAUACAACUGCUACAAGUCACCGCAAGUAUCUCACAAAACCCAGGCGCUCGGAAGGAGCUGAUACAGGCGCUCAACACUCUACUUACUACCCUCCGGUCUAUAACUGGUAGCCCUGGUCUACUGGACGCAAAACUUACCGAAUAUGCUUUCGUCCCAGUAUCUCAAGUGCUCAGGAUCUCUCGACAGGUUCCAGUCAGAGCACUGGAGCUUUGCUUGGAAUGCAUUUCAACCUUGCUAUCCGCUGGCUGGGGAGGCGGCCUUGAGCCUGCUCUAUCAGGGCAACUCCUCAUCCUUUUUACGUUCCUGGCCAAGCCUUCAUCCAUAGAGAACGGCAUCUCCGCUACUUCAGAGGAGCUGCAAUCAUUGGCGCUUAGAUGUGCGUCCGAGCUGAUGACUGAGACGUCGCGCACGAAGCAGGGUCGAAAAGCUAUAACUGCGACGACCAAUAUACCUGCCCUAGGCGAAGCUGUACUAGUCAUGCUCGAAAGUCUUACCGAUAGCAACUCGAAUAACGUCAAGUUCCAGGCUAUAUGUGCGCUCAAGGGCACCAUCAGCGCGAUCGAUGAUGAUGAUGCUCUCGCCAGCUUUCUACCUAGGAUGGUCUCGUCCUUGACAAAGGUAUUGACACCGAGCAGCAGCAACCGACCCGGCUUUCGCGUUGUCGAGCAAAGCUUGGAAGUACUUGCGACACUUCUUGUUCGUCUGCUCAGUGAUGCGAAAACCAAGGACUUACCCGAGACAACUCCAUCAGAUAAGUCGGGGAGUAUCACCACAACGUCGCGAUCGACCUCGUGGCUACAAGCGACUGCCUCACAGGUCAAGAUCGCGCUUGCAAAUGUAUUCAAGCUGAGGGACCAUGAUAAGCCAGAGGUUCGGCAAGCUCUCUUGAAGCUAUGUCUUUGCAUCGUGCAGGACUGCCGUAUAUCAUUAUCACUUUGCACAAGUAUGGCUACCGAAACCAUCAUAAAUCUGGCGGGACAUGAAGGCUCUGACGACACGAUUGAGAGUCAACUAAAAGGACUCUUGUCCGCAGAUCAGACCCUUUCUGAUCUUUUACGGGAAAGCCUGCACGGUUGGAUCGUAGCGCUACCUAGGCUAAUGCGAUCAAAAGACGACCGUAGCCGCCGUCGAAUUAUACACCAAAUUUCGGUGUCGCUUCGACUAUUUGAGCAAGAUCCGACCAUCUUGGAUGACCGACUCACUGAUAGUCUACGAGAUGGUGUUUCUGCUGUAUUUUCCGAUGCAAAAGGCCUAGAAGAGCUAAACGAACACGACCAAAGCUCGAUCACCGAUCGCACACUGGCGUUGAGUUCCACGAAGUCGUCCUCUUUCCCUCCAAUAAGCCUGCGGUAUAAAGGCCAGGACGACAUGAUGACAGAGUUUAAAGUAUUAGUUCAGGAGCUCGCGCGAUCGAACUCGGCUCUAACGGUUGCUCAAGGACUGACUAGCUCCAUUGAUCUUGGACCAACUGAGGUCCGCUUGGCAAGCUUCUGGCUGUCAAUCAACUUAGUAAGGGACAUAGCAACGAUCAACCCAUCCGUCGAUGAUUUCAUGGAUUUGGGGACACCAAACCCUAGGGAAGAAGUCCUGGAUGACUUGUACUCACAAUCUCUAUCACUACUCAACCAGCGAGAUUCGAAUACGGACAACCCUUGGCAGUUUUAUGCGUUGGCAUUGGAGACUGUAGCUCUACAGGCGAAGCAGUACAGAACUGAAUUCCGCCCUGAGUUGAGCGAAGUACUCUAUCCAGUGCUUCAUCAUCUUGGAAGCUCGAAUAGCGCACUACGUGAACAUGCUCUAGUCUGUCUCAAUACUGUCGCGGAGGCUUCAGGAUAUAGCAACGCAGGGGAGCUCGUGAUUGCAAACGUUGAUUACAUCGUCAACGCUGUUGGCUUAAAGUUGGCCUAUGGCGAUGUCUCUCCCCAGGCUCCGCAGGUUCUACUCAUGAUGAUGAGACUCUGCGGUCCAUCCCUCUUACCAUAUUUGGAUGACCUUGUGGAUAGCAUUUUCAACGCCUUGGAGAGAUACCAUGGGUAUCCCAAACUCGUAGAGCUUCUGUUCUCUGUACUUCAAGGCAUGGCAGAAGAAGGUAUCAAGGCGCCACAACUCGCGUUGACAGCUGGGGAUGAGAAUAUCGAAACAAAGCACCCAAAGAGAACGGCUACCAUGGACGACGUAGUCAAAGCGAUUCAGAGGUUAGAUGCUGACACACGAAGACGGGAGGAAGAAAAGAAACAAGCGGCGAAGAUACCAUUCCCAGAAAAACCCUGGAAGGAAGACAAGAGCUCGGAAAAUACCAAUCCAGACGAUCCAAACGAGGAAGAUGAUCAUCCACCUCCACCUCAGACUGAAGAGCCUCCCCCUCCUGCGCCUCGUACCUUCGCCAUCCUCCUGAAAAUCUCCGAGCUCACACAACAUUAUCUCACUACCACCUCGCCGACUCUCCGGAACUCUCUCUUGUCUCUUCUUCGCACUACCAUACCCGCCCUCGCAAAACACGAAAACUCAUUUCUCCCCCUUAUUAAUACGCUCUGGCCUGUGUUGGUACCUCGAUUACAGGAUCCGGAAGCAUAUGUAGUAUCAAAUGCGCUAGGCAUCAUAGCCUUGAUGUGCGAACAUGCGAGAGACUUCAUGAGGACACGGGUCGAAGACGCAUGGGAUCUCUUCAGAAAAGUCUAUAAGCGAACUAAGGAGCAUGACGAUCGCGGCAGGGGCAGCAGCUCCAAAUUCACGUCACUAAAGAUUACGGGUAUCGAAACUGGUAUGACGAGGCUGUCCAUGGAGUCGCAACCUAGUGUCGAUCUUUCGCGACCAGAGCUGUAUGUCGAUGCACCUACACGCAUGAUUUGGAACAGCCUGAUCUUGCUGCUAUGCGCCAUCGCUAAACAUGUGACGGUUCGCGACGAGCGCUUCGAGGAGAUACUGGAUAUGCUAGACCCCGUACUGGCGAGAAGCGACGUACGCGAAGCGCUGGAGUGCAGCAACGCCGACACAGUCUGGCUACGACUAUACAAGAAACAGAAACAGACUGAGAAAGUUCAACAAACCCGCUCGGAUGUUUCAGAAAUGGCACAUGGGCUGCUAAGCAAAAUACCCGCUGGCAAAUCACAUUGGCAGUUCGUUCGACUCUGAAGCAGAAAGAAAAGAUACAAGGUUCUGGCGCUCGAAUAUCAAUUAAAAGCUUACGAUGGCGAUGUUUGGGCUGAGUGUUCAUGAUGCAGAGACUUCGUGUGGGGAGCCGCAGCAACAAUGCGACUAAGCUGCUGUGUUGAAGGACUCUUGUAUGACCACACAACAGUCGUGGCUAGAUAGCGAUUGGGUAGUUUGAACUCAAGCACUAGUGUCUACGCUUACCGGUCCGCCCCUCGGGCUUGCAGCAUA